UUAGAAGCCACUUGGAUUUCUGGGAUUUUUCUGCAAUUGGAAGAACAUCGAAGAUGGCAGGAACAAGAAUGACCAUCUAUUUUAUGGGACUACUGCUUUGGUGUUGCUUGACAAAGGCAGAAUACAUGAAAUACAAAGAUCCAAAACAGCCGGUUCGUGUUCGAGUAAAGGACCUGUUGGAUCGAAUGACGUUAGACGAAAAAAUCGGACAAAUGGUUCAGAUCGAACGCAGCGUCGCUUCGGCCGAGGUGAUGAAGAAGUAUUUCAUUGGGAGUGUGUUAAGUGGAGGAGGGAGCGUCCCAGCUCCACAAGCUUCAGCAGAGGAUUGGAUAAACAUGAUCAAUGAGUUUCAGAAUGGCAGUUUAUCGACCCGAUUGCAUAUUCCGAUGAUUUACGGGAUCGAUUCUGUUCACGGUAACAACAAUGUAUACAAGGCAACAAUUUUUCCUCACAACAUUGGUCUAGGUGCUACCAGGGACCCUGAACUGGUUAAGAAAAUUGGGACUGCAACAGCACUUGAAACUAGGGCAACCGGCAUUCCUUAUGCUUUCGCACCUUGUGUAGCGGUUUGCCGAGAUCCGAGAUGGGGUCGAUGUUAUGAAAGUUACAGUGAAGAUCCCCAGAUUGUUCAAGCAAUGACAGAGAUGGUACCAGGAUUACAAGGAGACAUCCCUGCUAACUCUCCUAAAGGCAUUCCGUUUGUUGCUGGAAAUAAAAAUGUUGCAGCUUGUGCUAAGCACUAUGUAGGUGAUGGUGGAACAACCGAUGGCAUAAAUGAGAACAACACGGUGAUCAACUGGCAUGGUCUGCUUAGCAUUCAUAUGCCAGGUUACUACACUGCUAUUGCCAAAGGUGUUUCGACGAUCAUGGUCUCGUAUUCCAGUUGGAACGGAGUUAAAAUGCAUGCUAAUCGUAACUUAGUCACCGGUUUCCUCAAGAGCACGCUUCGAUUCAGAGGGUUUGUCAUCUCGGAUUGGCAAGGCAUCGACCGGAUCACUUCUCCACCUCAUGCUAACUAUACCUACUCAAUUCAAGCCGGAAUCCAAGCCGGCAUAGACAUGGUAAUGGUACCAUACAACUAUACUGAAUUCAUCGACGGGCUAACCUCCCUCGUGAAAAACAAAAUCAUCCCCAUAGGCCGCAUCGACGAUGCAGUGAAGAGAAUUUUGAGAGUUAAAUUUGCUAUGGGUCUAUUUGAGUACCCUCUAGCAGAUUACAGCUUGGUUGACCAACUUGGUAGUCAGAAACAUAGAGAGUUGGCUAGAGAAGCAGUGAGAAGAUCACUUGUUUUGCUGAAGAAUGGGAAAUCAGCAGAUAAUCCAUUGCUACCCUUGCCUAAGAAGGCAUCAAAAAUACUUGUUGCUGGAAAUCAUGCAGACAAUCUGGGUUAUCAGUGUGGUGGAUGGACUAUUGAGUGGCAAGGUUCAAGUGGCAACAACCUUACACUUGGUACAACAAUCCUAGAAGCCAUCAACAGCACAGUUGAUUCGAGCACAAAUGUUGUGUACUCGGAGAAUCCCGAUGCUGAAUUUAUCAAGUCCAACUACUUCGACUAUGCGAUCGUCAUAGUAGGGGAGUAUCCAUAUGCUGAAACAAAUGGUGACAGCAUGAAUCUAACGAUUCCAGACCCCGGUCCGACCACAAUCACAAAUGUAUGUGGAGCUUGGAAAUGCAUUGUUAUUGUAAUAUCCGGCCGACCCGUCGUGAUAGAACCAUAUGUCGACUCCAUGGAUGCUCUAGUUGCGGCAUGGUUACCGGGAACCGAGGGUCAAGGUGUGGCUGAUGUUGUGUUUGGUGACUAUGGUUUUUCAGGCAAGCUACCUCGUACUUGGUUUAAAACAGUUGAUCAACUGCCUAUGAAUGUUGGGGAUCCACAUUAUGAUCCACUCUUCCCCUUUGGGUUUGGCCUCACCACUGACCCUACCAAAAUUACUUUGUAAACUAUAUUUUAUUUUCCUAGAAAAUUUCUAGUUUUCAUGUUGUUUUGAAGCCAUUGUCAAUUAGAUUUUACAAAAAAAAAAAAAAAACAACAACAACAACAACAAAAUUAU